CCUGGCAGCUCCACCACUGCGCAUGCGCAGAUCUCUGGCAGGUUACACGAGUUUAUUUCCAGCCUUUUUUAUUUUUCAUGGAGCAGCAGCCUGGUUAUAGUUACCGUGCUGUAAACCUGUGAACUGACCCUUACUGCAGAUAAAACAACAUGCUUUUCCUCCUGGACUCUUGAGAGGAGGAACCGUCUACCGGAGCAACCGGAGGGUUUGGGGAGUGUUAACGGUGACAUGUGAGAUGUUGCUGCGUGGUUGGUCGGUAUUUCCAGGCGGCGACGGACAGACCAAGCCAGGCUAGUGGAAGCUAGCUGCUAGCUGCUAGGCAACGGCUCGGAAGAGCUACCGUUACAGCCUCGUAGUGUGUCGACGGUUUAUAUCACAGCUGUUUGUUUGUAGGCUUCCCGGUAAUACCACCUGCAGAUUGUCACAGUUUCACACCUUAGACUGCUGUUCUGGUGCACAGACAGACCGGAGGAGCUACUAGCAGCUAAUGCUAGCUAGCUACUAGUGUGAGCUGGACACACCGCUGAGAGUGAGUGAGCGACUUCUCCAAUCAAAGACUCCCUUUGACAUCUAGCUUCAUAUACAUAACCAGCCUGUUGAAGCAGAGCUGACAUGCUGCAGUGCUAACUGUGAGCUAACUACUACACUAGUCGUCUUGUUUUGGUUGUGAGAGGUCCUUAAGCUACCCUCAAUCAAAGACUCACUUUGACAUCCAGCUUCACAUAUAUAACAAGCCUGUUAAACACAGAGCUGACAUCUAGCUUCAUAUACAUAACAAGCCUGUUAAACACAGAGCUGACAUCUAGCUUCAUAUAUAUAACAAGCCUGUUAAACACAGAGCUGACAUCUAGCUUCAUAUAUAUAACAAGCCUGUUAAACACAGAGCUGACAUCUAGCUUCAUAUAUAUAACCAGCUUGUUGAAACACAGAGCUGACAUGCAGUAACUGUGAGCUAACUACUACAUAAGUCGUCUUGUUUUGGUUGUGAGAGUGAGAGGUCCUUAAGCUACCCUCAAUCAAAGACUCCCUUUGACAUCUAACUUCAUAUAUAUAACCAGCCUGUUGAAACAGAGCUGACAUGCAGUAACUGAGAGCUAACUACACUACAGAAGUGCUCUUGUUUUGGUUGACAUGGCAGCCAGUGGCUACUCUGACCUGAGGGAGAAGCUGAAGUCCAUGACUCCACACAGAGACGAGCUCAAGAAUAACAAAUACGUGGUGGACGGGACGAGUAACGGGAAAGCACGAAAGCGCAAGAUCCGAGAGUCCGACAACGACGAGGAUAACAACGAUCACAGCGAUGACAGCGUGGAGAACCGGGAGCAGGAGGCUAGCCGUGUGAAGAGCAGCAUCCUGCAGAAGAACAUCUUCACACUAGAGGAGUGCGCUCUCAUUGAAGGGAAGAUCGACGACGUGGUGGCCAAGGGAGAGGCUGGACUUUACCGGGAGCACACCGUGGACAGGGCGCCCUUACGCAACAAGUACUUCUUCGGAGAGGGCUACACGUAUGGAUCCCAGCUGGAGAAGCGUGGACCGGGUCAGGAGAGGCUGUACCGGAAAGGAGAGGUGGAUGACAUCCCCAGCUGGGUGCAUGAGUUAGUGAUCAAGCGUCUGGUGUCCAGUGGAGUGGUCCCAGAAGGGUUUGUGAACAGUGCAGUCAUCAAUGAUUAUCAACCAGGUGGCUGCAUUGUGUCACAUGUGGAUCCUCUGCACAUCUUUGCACGCCCCAUCGUCUCAGUGUCUUUCUUCAGUGACAGUGCUCUCUGCUUUGGCUGUCGCUUCCAGUUCAAACCCAUCCGGGUGUCAGAGCCUGUGUUUGUGCUGCCUGUGAGGAGAGGGAGUGUCACAGUACUCAGUGGCUACGCUGCUGAUGACAUUACCCACUGCAUCCGGCCCCAAGACAUCAAGGCGAGGCGUGCAGUUAUCAUCCUUAGAAAGACCAGACCAGAUGCUCCUCGACUGGACUCCGACAGCCCUUUAAGCGCUUCUCCUGUAGAGAGACCUGCUCCUCUGAAAGCCAAACGCUCUCAUCGCAAAGCAGACCCUGAUGCUGCUCACAGGCCGAGGGUGCUAGAGAUGGACAAAGAGGAGAACAGACGGCCGUCGCACUCCCGUCACCGCCGUCACAGCAUCAGCUCAGAGAACUACUGGAGACGCGGUCAAGACUCCGACAAACACCGGGAGAGUUCAGGACGCAAAGUGAAAAUGAGACGCCACUGAGCACAGCUCCGUCACACAUGUACACAUAUAAAUAUACCCGUUCUUUUAUGUAUUUCAAUAUCGUAACAUUCUUUGAUCAGUCAUCAUUUACUCGCUCCAGUUUUAGUCUGGCACGAGGAGCACAGUCAUCAUGUUGUCUGCAUUUUGAUUUGAGUCUGGAUCAGUUUGAGUGCAUUAUUUGUUUCUGGCAGACGAAGCUGGCGUCUCUGCUACGCAGUAAGUUACUUACUGCAGUUAGGCUCUGUUACCUUUAAUUGAACAUUUCUUGUUUCUAUAUCCAUAGAUACUUCAAAAUGGCAUGUAUUUUUUUGUAACCAAGAUGUACAGACCGCAAAAGAAAGAUGUAUGUAUGGACGUGUACAAAAGAAAACCUGAGCUGUAAUCUAACUUGUUAUAAUGUACAAUACGUUUGUAUAGUCUUCGAUUGGGGAAACUUUUAUGCAGAAAGAAACAUUUGUUUUUUUUGCACCCACGUUUCUGAUCCUUACCUUUACUGUGUCAUCCCAGAUCUUUGUUCACUUCGGCCUCCCGGUCGCAGUUUAAGUUGAAACAACUGGCAGAUGUGCAGCCAUGCUUUCUGUGUUAUGAUUUGAUUCAGCUGUACGGCUCAUUCUGGUGGAGGUCACAACUAAACUGAUGUUUUAUGGAGUGAUGAAAUACUCAGGCCUUGUACACUCCUGUUUCAGUUUGAAGUUACCUUAUAUAGUGACAGAGGCCAUGUUAUUGCUGUUCUGUAUUAAAUCUAAUUUUUCUUCAUUUAAAUUGGGUGAUAUUUGGGUCAGACAGAACAACACCGACCCUAUUAUGUCUUGUUUAACUUGUGUCUAAACACAUGGCUGAGAAGAAACUCAAUUUCCAGAUGUGUUUGUCCUUGCGAUUUGCUGUGUAAACACAGAUAAAUUUGUUUCUUGCUCCCAGUCAGCCAUAUUUGGCAGAGGUACUUAUUAGCUCAUUGCUAGGUUAGUCUGGAAUUACACACGAACAAAAAUAACCUCACCUCAGAUGAGAAAUUACUUUCUAAAAAAAGGGCAAGUUGUGUUCAUGGUUUUCUGAAGCUCUGCUACAGCUGUGAACUUGAAGAUGUUAGGAAAAGUUAAAAGUAUGCAAUAGGAAAAUACUGGAGCACUUCAAACAGAGAAUGGGACACUAACUUUGUGGACAUGGUGGUGGCACAUAAGGUGGCUUCAUGGGUUUCACUGGUCACAUUUUUUGGGACUGAAACGGUGUUGGCUGACUGAAAUAAAGCUGAAAUUGUCUCCACA